AAGUUUAGAUAGGGGUCGGUUAAUGGAUGUUUAAACUUAAUUUAACUGUUUUGUUAGCUAUGAAAUGCAGAGGAAGCUUUUGUUUUUGCAUCCCGGGCUCAAAGAAAGAAGAAGAUUCAGAUUCUCACAAGGCGAAAGCACAUAAAAAGUCUAAACGAAGUGGGAAGAAGAAGAGAAGAGAUAUUGAUGAUGGUGACCAUGAAGGUGGCUACCAGGGAGCUCCGGCUACCACGGCAGCGACCGCCAAUGAUUCGGGCAUGCCUGCUGCUGCUGUUGUAAUGGUGAGUGCUACUGCUGCACACGCCUCCGCAAUGGAAGGAAGUGGUUGUGGUAGUGCUCAUGGCGGAGAUGGUGGCUGAUACUAUAUGUUAAUUUGAUGGCCUCUCUCUCUUGUAUGCAAAUGGGGGCUUUUGAGUGUAUUUUGUGAAUGAAUUUUUGUAAUCUUAAUAGUCGUGGUGGUUUGGAUGUAAAGCAUGCAUUCCAUUAUAAGCGUCUCUGUUUUCAUUUCUGCUUCUUAGUUCACUUUGGGUGUGCAAUAUUUGUUGUUCCAAAAUAAGAUUAAACCUUUUUCUUUUCAUGGGAAGGUUAGCAAAUCGAUUCACG